AAAAAAUAUUAUAAAACAGCUGUUUGACAAGAAAAUUUUUCAAGUUUCACCUAUUUAUUUCUUUUUUCUAUUUCGAUUAAAAAAAUAGUUAUGGCUUUAAGAAAUAUUGUAAAAGAAUACAGGCUUUUAAUUAAUAAUGGUCAAAGGGCUUUAUCUUCAAAAGUUGUCUCUGAAGAUAGAUCAGAUCUAACAAAACGUACUCAUACCGGACAGGUUUUUGAAAAGGAUGAUUAUAGAAAUGUUCGUUUCACAAAUGCUGCACGUUAUGUUAAUGAAAAUUGGGGUAUAAAAUUAAUUGACGAAAUUCCACCAAAGGAGGUUACAGAACGUGUAGUUUGGUGUGAUGGUGGAGAUGAACAUCUUGGACAUCCUAAAGUUUAUAUUAAUUUGGAUAAACCUGGAGCACAUACUUGCGGUUAUUGCGGUCUUAGAUUUAUAAAAAAGGACACUCAUCACUAAAUAAAAUUUAUUUUGUAGUUUAAAUUUGUUGAAAUUCAAAUAAAUGCUAAAGAUCAUUUAAA